AGGUGAGUAAUCGCGAUGACGGACUCUCAGAACUGUUGCCACGUGACUUCCUUUAAGCCUGGGAAGUCGAUUUGCAUUUUUAUUUUGAGUUGAAGGCUCGACGCUUCCCUCGAGCCGGUAUAAAAGGAUACCCACUCUGGAACGGGGAAUCACCUCUUCCAAAGAUCUUGUCAGAAGACACCAACUUUCGCCAACAUGAAGACCUUCGCCGCCACUCUCUGCGCCCUCCUAGUCGGCAGCGUUUACGCUGAGGAAGCCGCCAAGACGGAAAAGGUCGAGGCGCGCGGUGGCUUUCUGGGCGCUGGUCUCGGAGUCGGCGGCUACGGUGCCGGUGUAGGACACGGUCUUGGCGGCGUUGGUCUCGGAGGCGUUGGUCUGGGACAUGGUGGUCUAGGAGGAUACGGUGGAGGCUUCCAGUCCGGCUACGGCUCUCAGGCCGGCGGCCACCAGGCUGGAUUCCAGAAAGGCGCUGCUGGACACAACCAGGGGUCCGCGGGUUUCGCCGGUGGUGCCUCCAACAGGAACGUGAACGCAUACAAUCACAACAAGGGCUACAGCCACAGCUCGGGCUUUUCGGCCUCGGACAGCAACAAAUUUGGUUCCGGACACAACCAGGGCUCGGCUGGAUUCCAGGGUGGCGCUGCCGGACACCAGGGAGGCUAUGGACAAUCUUCUCACGGACACCAGGCCGGUGGCGGCUACGGUGGUGGAUACCUCGGCUAAAUGUGGGUACCUUGCAGAAAAGACGUUGCCAUCUGACGAGCACCACAGUACAUAACCGUUACUAAAAACGGAGUCUGUGCUUUAUUGCCAGAAGAACAUCGAUGCUCAGCCUUGCUGCAAUUGCACCUGUGGAGAGAAUAAAUUGUGGUCUUCCUUAUUGAAGCAAAAA